AUGGAAACUGAGUCAACAAGCUCAGCCACCACUUUCAAUCCAGGAGAUCUGAUUUGGGCCAAAAUGAAAGGGUUUCCGCCCUGGCCAGCGAAGGUUUGUAAUGGAAUUUUUAAAACUCGAUAAUAAACUUCAUUUAGUUGUGAAAUGAUUAUCAAGAAAAUAAUUUUCAGGUCUUAGAACAAUCUGAAGAUACACCAGUGCGUCGUAUUCCAGUGAUGUUCUAUGGGACUCUUGAAAAAUCUUUCAUGAAGCCAUCAGAUCUUUUUAGUUACUUGGAACAUCGCGCAGAGUUUGAAAUCCCGAGAAAACAAAAGGUUUCAAGACAUUUUUUGGUCAAAAAAUGGAGCUCUUUUCAGGAUUUCAAUAAGGCUGUUCAAGAGAUACGAAUCGAAGCAGGACUAUCACAGUCCACAGACCUCGGAUUUCCCUCGAUAGAAGAAAUGGAGAAGACGAAGCCGGCGCUGCCUAACCAGGGGAGAACGAGGACCUCCAGCAGUCGGCUAGACGCGAUUCUCAACGGCGAAAUAGGCGAUGAAGACCGGAAAAGGAAACGAUCCAACAGCAACUCCACCAGGUUCCUGGCUGAUAUUCCCUGUCGGAGACGGUUUUCUUUUGUCCAGGUCUCGUUCUAGAACGAGCAGUACUGCGCCUGGUUUCCGACAUUUGAAAGAGGCGAUGAGGGAACGGAAAAGACUAGACAGUGAGAGUUCAAAUGGGUCGAAGCGGAAAAAAAUGGGCAUGAUCAGUGGAGGAAUCCCUUACGCUCCAGAGCUUGUUGAUCAUUUUGGCGGCGUCAGUUUUUUUUCGUUGUUUUGAUUUCACAGAUGUGAAAUUUUUUUGAAGUUCUUAUAGAUUCUAAUCAAGUUUUCGGAACAAUGACAUAAUUGGGAAUCUGGCAUACCACUGUUCGAAGUUUUUCAGGAAGAUCUCAGCGCUCUUCUCGGCGACGAUUUCAUUUUCACAGCAGGAGCGUCAAACGCUUUGCCAGAAGAAAAUCGAUCGUGGCGCUCAAAAAGAUCUCGGGCUUCUUCCCGAAUUUUCGAGGACUUGUUCGGACAUCAGAGGACGCGCAACCGCAGUGGAAGUGCCAGUGCCAGCGGCCGUCGCAGUCGGUUAGGAUUAUCAGAAGGGCGCAACUAGCCAAGAAAUUUGAGCCUCAUCUCGAUGUCUGGCUUCUCCGGGGUUUCUGACUACUUUGAGGAACUUUUCGCCGCACCGGCCGACUUGGACGCUCAUGCCGAACAGCUCAUGAUCACACUCAACAACAUGCCCUCCGAAGGGAGCAUUGUGCGUUUGACUUUUUUGUAGCCCUUAGAGGUUUUUCUGACUAUGGUUUCCAAGUAUCUAAAUUGACGCUUCUGAAGUUUCCUCGGGAUAAGAAACGGUACUUAUAUAUUAUUUCCGUCAAAAACCCCGAAUAAUAGCUUAUACAUAACUUUCUUUUUUAAUUAGCUUUUUUAUUUACCUGCUGUGAACUAACUUGGACUCGGAACGUUUUUCAUGCGCCAACGUUAUCGAAAGGGAAACUUUUUUUAGCUUUCAUGAUGAUAUUCUAUAGGAUCGACCCAUAACUCCUGAGUUACCCAAUCGAUUGUUGUCAAAAGUGGAAUUCUGCCAAACCUGCGGUCAAGAAUGUCGAGAAGUGAACGGCGUUUGGAAGUUCGUCUUUUUUCACGUUAUUUCAUUCAGAUUAAAGUUUUUUUGAAGUUUUGAAGUUCUAAUAUCCCUUUUUAGUCGUCGGAGAAAGGUAAAAUAGAAAUUUAGCAUUCAAUAUAUUUUUGUUUCUCCUUUUUCACGUUUCUUCAAAGAAGGUUUUUUUCUCAUAAAGUUUCGGAGAGAUUUUUUUCAUUUUUGUUUGAAACUAUGCAUAUCAUUUACGAGAAAAAUUCAUCUGUUAUCAUAUCUGGGGAGAUUGAAUCAAAUUUGUAUGGACAGUCGAAAUAAAGGGAAGAGAACUUGGCUGACUUAUUCCAGAUAUAAAAAGAAGUUUCUCAGAUGUACGGGGAAGUAUUGUUCCAAGUACAAGGAAGUGGCGGCGGCCUCGUCGAUGGACGGCGUCUUCGACAAGCUCGACGUGCCCCUCCUGGCGGUCAAGACCGAACCGAGCGGAGUCUUCGAAGUCGAGCCUUCGGGCGCCCUCUCCACCAACGAAACUCUCAAGGCGAUGGUCAAACGCGAACUUUCCUCUCCGACUCCUACUCCGAGGGCUUCCGUCCGAGUCAGCAAACCCAUCAAGAAGGAGGUUUGAUCCCUUUCUUUCUCGUUCUUCAAGGAAUUGGGCGAGAAUAUUUUUUUAUCAUUUUUUCUUUCUCUGAUUGCUCAAUUUAAAACUAGAAACUGCGACCGGAAAUUUCGCCUUUCAUUUUUUUUUUUUGUUUUUUUCUUUUUUAUUUCGAUGAAUUCAAAGUCUGGCAUGUAAAAAUCAUUCAAAUUUUUGUCAGGUUGAAAAUUUUGAAUCAAGUCGCCAUUUUCGUAGUUUUAUUCAUAAAGAUAACCGUUUGUUUUUAAAGUUCCACUUGAAGAAAUUACAAUGUCCACCAAAUAAAAAACGAUAUUGAGACUUUUCUAUAAGUCAGUUUUUUACAUAUCUCUCUUCCUACGAAGUUUCUUGUCAUAUUUAUUUCCUACUUACACUGAAGAAUUAAAAAAAACUUCUCAGAUUUUUGCUGUAUAACUAUUUUCGAGCAGAGCUAGCUAUUUCCCAGAAUUUGGGCUUUUCAGGUGUCCCUGGGCUACGAGGAUGACGAGCAGGCGUCGCCGCCACGGUCUUCCCUCAAAGGCUCGCGGCCCGUCGAGAAAGAAAAGAAGCGGAAACGCGUCAACGUCGUCAGUCCCAAACUGCACUCGAAUCCCGCCGACGACCAGAUGCCGUCGUCCGGAGGCUUCUUAUCCCCGCGGAAGGCCGUUCGCCCCAAACACUAGUUCGUUUUUCGAUUUUAAAACAAAGAUCAGAAAAUAGUUCUCUGAAUUCUCGGGGCUAUAACUCUGCUGAUAAUAAUCAGGACAGGGUUUUUGGUCAAAAUCUAUUACCAUGUGUAAAAAUCUCAGUUAUAUCAAAAUAUCUUAAGUUUCAAGUUUCUGAAAAUUUUUCAUUAUGUCUCCUCCAAACUUUCAAAAUUUUUUUCAUAAAACCUCCUUUACUUUCCUGUCUUUAAGACUCAUAAUUUUUUUGUCAAAGGGGAGAGGGUCUCAAAAAAAAAAAGUUUUUCCCCGACUGAUUUAUCAAAAAGUGUAGAAAAGUUUUUAGAUGUUAUGAUUUUCAGCAAAGUCGAGAAAACGCCGCCAAUUUCGUCGAGUGGACAUCGUCACUGUGUAUUCUGCAAUGGACAGGUCCGGCCGCAGAUGUGCGGGGGAAACAGACAUCGGUACCUUCCAUCCGAGAUUUCCAUCUUUCUUAUUUCUCUCUUUCAAGAUGGAGAUGUGUGGACAAAAAGUGUCGGAAAUGGUACGGUUGGGUGCGAUCUCACGAAGAAAUUCCAAAAAACGUUGGGAGGAAGGUUUGCAGUUUUUAUUUAUGAUCACGUUCAAGUUUGCCGAAUCUCAGAGCAGCAAAUACCUGCAAUUGAAAUCUUUAAAGCCGAAAAGAGAAGAGGUUUCCGAAGAACCGGCUAUCCAGGUUCUUCUAGAUCGAAAAACACGAAAUUCCGACCAUUUGUUGCAGGAAUACCCAUUCAAGAGGAAAGUCGGCCGGCCAUCCAAGAACGACAUCAAGAUCCGGCUGAAACUUCAGCGCGAGGUACACCUUUUCUUUUUCAUUGAAAUCAUUGACUCCUUAAUUUCCCACUGUUUUUUCAAAACAUAUUAUUCGGUGAAGUUCGAAGAAAUGAAGCAUUAUUUACUUGAAGGCUUCGCAAAAGAGAUCGCCGCCGCCUUCUCAGCUGAAUGGAGCGAAACGGAAGUACACGAAAAGGAAAGGCAAAUUCGACGGUUCGGCGCCUGGAACUUCUGGUCUCGAGAACGUUGAAGAGGAGAAGAAAAGACGUUUGUUUUUUUUUUGUUGAUGAAAUAUUUAUAUAUUGCUUAAGUAUUGGUAAAUCAGAAGAAUGGAAAAAAAACUGUUUGCUUGAUGCUCAAAAUAUUUAUAUAAUAUUAUUUAUUUACAGGCAGAACAAAAAUAACAUGUACAGAAAAAGAGAAAAAAAUUUGGCAUUAAGCCUGAAAUAAAUAAAUAAAAGGCACUUGAGGCCCUCACGAGCCUCUGAGCCAGUAAUGAAAGAAUAAGAGGUGAGGAUUGCGCAAAGGUAAAAUAAGUGAAUGGUAAAGAAAGCAUUAUAAGUUAUGACACAGUGUAGCACAGGUGAAUGGGGAACUGAAUUGUUUGUAAUGAUAUAGACGCGCAUAAGAUGGAUAAGAGUAGGGCUGAAGCACGGGUGCCUGGUUCAACGGAGUCUGCUGGGAAUAGAUCCAAAAAGGAAAUUGUUAUCGAGGGAUAGUAACAAAGACCUGAAACGAUUUGGAGAGACAUUGAGGUUUCCCAAUGUGGCCAGUUUAUUCCAAAGAGGGAUGAACGUCUCAAAGAAAUUUUCGAAACGAAUCCCUACUCUGAUAAGACGUGAUGGAGCACGUACUGAAUUUGAUCUCCUGAAAACACUGUGAGAAACUGGCAAAUGACUCUCCUUAAUAUAGAUUUUUAUGUAGUGUUCUUAGACAAAAAUUCGACUCGUCUUCUAAAAAAAGAGUUUGUGUUAAUCUGAGCUAACCUGUCUUCAUAACUAGAAAAACCUAAUGUUUGAUCUCAUGAAUGUUUGGCGAGUAAAUUGACGGAAGAUGUUUUCGAGGGUGUAAGAUAGUUCUGAAGCUAGGGGGGACUGAACAACUCACAACAGUAGUCCAUAUAGGGAGCAACGUAAGUAAGAAAAAAAUCCGGCUCAUUAGAGCGGGAGACAGGGCGCGGAACGCUCUGAUGAUUUGUUUACUUUUUUUAGUUUGCAUAAGGCUAUAACUUUACGAAGGUGAGGCUCAAAUGUUAGUUUGUUAUCAAUAAGAAUGCCUAGAUCGCGAACAGCUUCCGCGGAAGAGAUAGUUAUAUUAUUUAUAGUAUACUGAACAUGAGGGUUGCUACGGCCUAGAUGGAGAAGGGUGGUUUUGUGUUCGGCCAGGGGAAGACCCCAUUGACUAGACCAUUGGAAAACGUCGUUGAGACCUUGCUGAAGCGCUAUAGGAUCGUCAGAAAAAAUUUUAAGAUCAUCAGCAAAAAGAUAAGCCUUUACAUUAUCAGAUAAGUUGCUGAUAAUGUCAUUAAUGAAUAUUAUAAAUAGGAGUGGGCCGCAGACUGUUCCUUGCAAAACUCCAGAUGUAAUGUUAAAAGCCGAGCUAGAUAUGAUACCUUCACUAAUGACAAAUGAUUUUCUGUUGGAUAUGAAAGAUGCGAACCAGCUAAUAAGUUUUUGGUCGAAACCGAAAUCUUGGAGCUUGGCGAGCAGAAGGUUAUGGGGGAGCAUGUCGAAGGCUUUGAGAAAAUCGAUAUAUACUACGUCUACGUUAUUACCAAGAGCUAGGGAUCUCUUCCAGUGAGUGAUGCAAUCGAGAAGAGCUAGUUUACAAGAACGAUGAUUUAAAAAGCCGAAUUGAGAAUUAGAAAAAGUGUUUUUGAAUUUAGAUCUAAUAGAGAUAGCUAUUAUUUUUUCCAUUAAACGAGCAAUGUGAGACGUCAAUCCGAUAGGUCGGUAGUUAUUAGGAUCGCUUUUAUCGCCUUUUUUGAAGAUAGGGACUAUAUGAGAGGUGGACCAAGUUUUGGGGAUAGAGCCCGUGCAAUAAGAUAAGACAAUUCUUGAGAACAAAAAAGUUGAUAAAGUCAGUCGAAAAGCCAAUUUUUGAUGGGCAUUUGCCUAAGGCUUUGAAGAUGGCGUAAGGGCUGAAAUCAGGUUCAACAGUCAAAGGUUUCCUACUUGGAAAGAGAGUGGGUGUAUCAUAACUAUGCAAAUUACGAUUUUUGGAGAAAGUGUCCACAAAUAAAUUAGCUUUUUCGGAUGGUAGAAUGAAAGACCUGCCAUUGGAGAUAAGGGGUGGAAUAUCAUGACGAAGUUUUAACCUAGAACUAAUGUACUUGGAAAUACUGGCAUUUGAGCCAGCGGCAAUUUUUCUUUCAUGAUUAAUGAACCAACGUAGAGUUUUACGACGAAAUUUAGAGGUACUGAUUUUGAAAUUUACGCGACCGAAGGAGGUGCGCAGAUUGAAGCGUUUAAGACGCUUGAGAAUUUUGGAAGAGAAGUUGCGUAAAAAGUUGGAACCGCGAUGAUUGCGUGGUUUGAGAACUGGGCAGUUGUCCCGUAUGAGCUCGUUGAAAAUUUUGUUGAAAUGAUUAAAUUUGGAGUCGAUGCUAGAAAAAUAUGAAAACUGUCUAUCCCAAUUGUAAUUGAUCAUACUUAGGUUGAGACGUGCAAAGUUGCAUCGACGGUAGUCAAGACGAAAAAGGUUUACCGUUUUUUUGCGUGCGGAACAAUUGAUUUUUGAAGAAAAAUGGCUAAAUGGUCAGUGUAGAUAGGAGGAUUUUUGGAACAAAGAUCAAAAAAUAAGUCGGGGCGGUCAGUGAAGAUUAAGUUUCAUAAAUUUAAAGGAUCUUCUUGAAAUAAAGAAGGAAAUUAAUAUAGGAAAAAUCAUUCAUAAAGUUCAAAUUUUAUUCUAAUUGUUUUAUUCUCUGAAUGGAAAAUGUUUCAUUUUUUUCAGUGUUUUUUAAAUAGAAAAUUAUCUUCUCCAGUGCUUUUUAGAAAAGAAACUAUUAUGAAGUCGUGAAUUAGCCGUAUUAUCAAGAAAUUGAGAUUGAAUAAAAAAAGAAAUAUGUAGUAUUUGAAUGCUUCGAUUCUAUUUUUUACUGGAAAUAGAGCGACAUAUUUGCAGCGGUCUCUCCGCUGACGAAUAAACAGUCGCGCUUUCGGCCCAGUGCCAUGGAGAAGAGGGCGCGCUGGUGGACAGGCGAGAAGAGACGCGUCGACAUCAGCCCCGAAAGGUUCACAAAAAACAUAAUCCAUUGGUUUUCGCCUUUUUUUUAUUUGUGUUCUUGUACGUUUCGAUAAGUUCAGUUCUAAACUAUAGGCGAAUCGAGAAAGGGUAUCGCGAUACUCUCUGAGGAAUAUCGCAGGCUCUGAAGCCUCACGAUGGUACCCCGAGUAUACCUCUGAAAAUUUCAAGGAAAAUAAGAUGGACUUGAGAGAGACUCUGAAGUACCUCCGGGAUGGCCCAGAUAUAACUAAAAGUUAUGCCGGAGGCCUCACGAUGGACCCAUUAUGGGGCCUUCAAGAUCCAUUUUGAGAGGUACCUUUGUGGACACAUCAUGGUACCUUCUCGAUUCGCCUCUGACGAAAAGUGUUUCGAGUUUCUGGUCUUUUGUAUAUUUCCCGAUUUAGCCGCCAGUGAAGAUUUGUAGAGCUCAUUUAUCGCUCUUUUAAUUUCGUUUUUUGACUCUUUAUUGAUUUUUUUUGCCUAAAAAAUAGCAGAAUAGAUACAAAAAGAGCGGUGUCCGAGUUUUUAAACAUUCGAUGGUGCUCGUGCCAAGAACAAAAAAAAGGAUUAUAGAUGCUAAAAGAGUGAUAUUAAAAUUUUCUCAUGGAAAAAGCGCCCAAUCAAGUGAACAUUGUAGAGAACUCGGCACGACUCCGGCGGACUCGGCGGCGGCUUUCCGGCUAAUGGCCCAUGCGGUGAGGUCGGCGGCGGUGACGAGGUUCGCUGAGGGUUAAGGCCGGUGUUAAUGGGAAAGCUCAAGAGCCGACGAGAUGGGAACGGUGAACGGGACUCUCGACCUGCUGAUGGACUCGCUGUUGGGCUCGAUGGGUCCGCUGCUCUCCAUGUUCCAGAAGCUGCCGCUGAUGCGUAUGCAGCCCGAAACAGCCUCUGAGAUCUGGAACGCCUCUGCCGUCCAUCUACCCAUGUUCCAGUAG